AUGGAUUUAUCGGUAGAGAAACUUAAGGAAGAAAAUAGGAUUCUAAAAUAAUAUGUAAUUGAAUUGAAUGAAGAUAUAGCAGAAUAUAAAAAGACGAACAAUAAUUUGCAGAUGUAAUUAUAAGAAAUUCAAGACUCAAAGAAUAAGUAUUAAGACCUUAAUUAAUAAUAACAAAAAGCGCUUGAGUAAUACAAGUAACUCUUAAAAAGAGUUUCUUCGUAAAUGUCAUCUCAAAGUGUGUUACAUCUUACAUAAUCUAUUAUUCAAAAAACAUUUGGUUAAUCAAUAUCUCAAAUUGUAGCAUUAAAUUAUUCUUAAGUCUACACUGAUCAAUCUGAAAGCUAAAGCGCAUUUAAUUAAGAGAUAUUUGAAGCAUUCUAUAUAUUUGGAAUAGACAAAAUUGAUUCCACUAAUUAAUCCCAAUAUGUCGUACCCUCUAAUUAUAAGAUAUUAUAUUAACAAUAUAAACAGAGAUAUAUUGAUUAACCAAAUAAUGAAGAGUUUUAGAAUUUUAAGGGUAUUGAAAAAGAUAUUGAACAAUUCAUACACCCUUCUGGAGUUGAAGCACAAAGGAUGUGCGAUGAAAAUAUUGAUUUCGAAAUAAAAAAGAUACUCGCAUAAAGAAUCAAGUUCGAAAAUUUUUAUCUGAUAAAUCUUAAAGGAGAUGAUUUAAUGAAAAAUCCUUUAAAUAUUAAAAUACUUCAGUCAUUUAAUCAUGAAAGAUAAUUAUAUGGUUAUUGUACAGCUAUCGAUGAUUUUUUGAGGUAAACUGAUAAAAAUGGUUAAGUUAUUUAUUGGAAAGUUAAGAAGGUUCUAUGUUUUAUAACAUACUUUCCAAUUUAAAGUGUAUUUUAUGAGUUGUUUGAAUAAAUUCUAUUUAUAAUAAAAUAAUGGCGAUACUAUGUGAUGAAGAAGGAUGAAGAUUUGAUAAACCAAAUUGAUGGAGUAAAAAUAGUAAAUGACACGGCUUAAUUAUUAAAUAAGAUAAUCUAAAAAUUAUCAAAGUAGUCGAUCAAAAAGUAUGGCGAUGAUAUAGAUGUCAAUUUUUCAAGUAUUGUGGAAGGUUUAUUGCCAACAGAUUUUAUUUAAGAAUUGCAGGCAACAUUUAAACUUUCUAAAUUUAGAUACAAAGUACCUGAUCAAAAAAGUUUGUAUUUUGAAAUUAAAAAGUUGGAAACACAUAUUGUUCUUUAAUUAUUUAAAUUAGAAUAAUUUUUCAUGGUUUUUGAAGAAAUUCUUAAAGAAGGAAGGAUAGUAUUUUGUUGUCAAAAUUAACACUUAUUGACUGCUGUUGUAUCAUUUUUCUAUACUAUUUUAAAACCAUUUAAAUGGCUUCAUCAAGUAAUAUACAAUUUGAAAAUUGAAUCAGUAAUUGUUGAAUAAUUUGAUGUACCUAUUCUUAUUGGUGUUAAUAUGCCCUAUUCAAACUUGAGGUUCAACUAGAAGGUAAUUAUGAUAAAUAAAUAAUCAUCCGUAUUGUAUGUAGAUAUCAAUGACAACCUAUAACUAGUUAAUAUAAUUGAGUAUAAACGUAAAGUAAAACAUUAAUGUUGGGAUUCUCAAAAAAAGUAGCUGGCUAAAUAUUUUAUAGAAAAUUAAAAGAGUAUUGGAGGAUAGAUUGCCUUUACUCCGAAUUAAUAGGAUGAGGAAAGAAUUAAAGGAUUCUUGGAAGAAUUAGAAAUAUUUAUAAGAGAUUAUCUGAUACAGAAAAUCAUUCCUAAUAAAGAAGAAGGCUUUGUAUUGGGGAAUUCUUUAAAUAAAGGAAUGGUCAAAAAUGCCAUCAAAAUUAAAAUUGAAAAAGAAAUUACUAAUAAAAAUGACCUUGAGUUUAUUCGAAGCUAUAUACUAGAGGCAGAUUAUUUUUAAGAGUAUUUAAAGCACAUUUAUAUUAAAUGA